AUGAAUGAGCUCAAAACGACACCAGAAUUGGGUAGAGGGCCACAUGAGGUCCAAUCAGGAAGGUUCAAUCAACCAGGCACAUCCUCUAUUUCUACAUUUGUUCCUUCCAUGGCCCAUACUUCAAACAGUAAGCAGAAAGCACAUAAUGUUGUAGUACACCCACGACUAAAGCCCAUGCCAUUCAAGUUUCUGGAUGUUUAUCCAACUCCUCCGCCACAACCAUUUCAAACAUCUACCAAUAUAAAAAAUAUACAAUUUUACCAAGUCGAGGACCUUCCUGUAAAUAGGCGUGGAUUCAAGUAUAAACUUUGUAGACCACUGCCGGUGUUCACUUCAAAUUUUUAUGCAACUACAGACUUGCCACCGUAUGACGCUUGCAUAAACCUAUUUGAUCGGUCCACGGGGAUCUUAUUUAGCAAAGAUUGCAAGACCAUAACUACACUGGAAGGAUGGAGAUCGGCUAGAGCAAAUGUCUGUAUACGCGAGGGGAAGUACUAUUUUGAAUUCAAAAUUGUGAAAGCCAAUGAUUAUAAUGACGAUGGCAAUGAUCGUAAUAAUGCUGCCUCUAGUGGUAAUGGUGCUGGUGCUGGUGCUGGUGGUGCUGGUGGUGCUGGUGGUGCUGGUGCUGGUAAUAGUGGUAAUGAUAAAAAAGACAGCCAUGUAAGGAUUGGAAUUGCAAGAAAAGAAGCUGCUUUGGAAGCUCCUGUAGGUUACGAUGGGUAUGGGUACGGAUUAAGGGACAUUGAUGGGCAAUUGAUGUUUACCAGUCGACGCAAAAAGCAGUGUGUUUAUGAGGAUGGAUUUAAGACUGGCGAUGUUAUUGGCCUUUUGGUUGAAUUACCAAGUUUGAAAGAACAAAAGGAACAAUUGAAUCGUUAUGUGGAAGAAAAAAAAUUGGAGAUACCUGUUGAACACAAAUCUAAAAAGAGGAAAACCAAGAAUAAAAAAAGCACUGCUGUGGGAAAUGCUGGUGGUGCAGGGGGUUUAAGAGAUAUAGAGCAAAUGGAACAAGGUGUAGAGGCAAACAUUAAGUUUAACGAAUUUAACAACAUUGUUAGAGACCAAAUUCCAACAAAGUCUAAAGGUGUGCUUUACUAUGAUCAAUUUGAAUACACAAAAACAAAGACAAUGGACCAUCUACUCAAUCCUGUCACUGUGUUUGGGGAAAAAGCGAUUAUUGAAAUGGAUGACAAGACAAAAAAUAUACCUAUAAUUGCAAAUGCUCAGAUCCGAGUGUUCAAAAAUGGUAUUGAGCAAGGAACUAUUGAUGACCUCUAUUCCUUUCUUCCAACAAACAUUGAAGAUGUUGAUGAAAUGAACUUAGAAGCUAAUGUCAAGCAACUGGCAAACCCAAAUUAUAAAAAUACCGAUGAUAACACUCUUGGGUACUACCCAAUGAUCUCUGUUUUCAAUAAUGGUGUUGCCUCCUUAAAUGCGGGUCCCGAUUUUGAAUAUCCACCAAACAUACAAAAUGGAACUUAUAAACCCUUGAGUGAUCGAUAUGACGAACAAGUCAUUGAAGAAUGGUAUUGGGAUGUGCUAGACGAAGUAGAAGCGCAAUAUUUAGACUCUUUUGAGGACUGA